CCAAUUGAGGGUUUAGAAAUUAUUGAUCAGAAAAACCAAGAGAAUAAUCCAGCUCCAGCUCUGGCAAACCACAGAUUUUUAUGCACACGUGAUUAUGUUGAAGCAUACUCUGCCAAAAGGAUUACACCUAUACAAGUGUGCGAGAAAUUAAUUGAUAAAAUGAUUCAAUCGUGUUCUGAGGCGUGUAACCCACCUCUUGAUGGUUAG